AUGGCUGAUUAUUACGAGAACCGUCCUGUAGAUGACGAGGACAAGGAUGAUGACGUGGAUCCUGACGUGGGCAACGCGGCGAAAGAGGACGCGGAGAAGCUGUCCGAGGGCCUGCCACGUGUCCUGAUCGUGUCGCGACGGACGCUUCGCAAGAACAAGUUCGUCGAUUUCGUAAGCGAAUACCACCUCGAUCUGAUCGUCGCGUACGGCGCGGUCCCCAUAAUCGUGCCACGUGUCCCCGGCGUGGCGUCCCUGCUGGACGCGUUCGAGCCGAUCCACGGCGUGCUGCUGUGCGAGGGCGAGGACAUCGACCCGGAGCUCUACGACAGCCAGCUCACUGCUGACCUGUCGCCCGAGGAAGUCGCGGAGAUCCGCGCCGCGCACGCCAGCGACACGGCGAUUGACAAGGCCAAGGACUCGAUUGAGCUGUCGCUCGCAAGGAGGUGCCUGGAGCGGUCGAUUCCGUACCUCGGGAUCUGCCGCGGGAGCCAAGUGCUCAACGUGGCGUCUGGAGGAUCCCUCUACCAGGACGUGGAGACGGAGGUCACGUCGCGCAAGGGCCUGGACUUGAAGCACAUUGACUACAAUGACUAUGAUGGGCAUCGGCACCCCAUGUUCGUGGUGCGGGAAACGCCACUGGCGGAGUGGUUUGAUGGGUCGCUGGAAAUUCAGGUUACCUCUGCUUCCCCAUAUCUCUCCUCUCCUCCCGUCCCUUUCCACACCCCAGACGGGCAUCGGCACCCCAUCUUUGUGGUGCCGGAGACGCCGCUGGCGGAGUGGUUUGAGGGGUCGCUGGAGAUGCAAGCACCCUCCCUCUCCCAUUCCUCUCCUCUCACCGCAACCUCUCCUCUCCUCUCACCUCCUCCCACCCCAGAUGGGCAUCGGCACCCCAUCUUCGUGGUGCCGGAGACGCCGCUGGCGGAGUGGUUUGAGGGGUCGCUGGAGAAGCAAGCACCUUCUCUCUUCCAUAUCCCUCUUCUCCUCCAACACCCUCCCACCCCAGACGGGCAUCGCCACCCCAUCUUCGUGGUUCCGGACACGCCACUGGCGGAAUGGUUUGAGGGGUCGCUGGAGAAGAGCCGUGAGGCCACGGGGGAGAACGAGCUGCUCGUCAACAGCUACCAUCACCAGGGCGUGCGGGUGCUCGCCUCCCGGUUCCGCCCCAUGGCGUUUGCAGCAGACGGGCUGAUUGAAGCCUUCUACGACCCGGACGUGCACUGCCCGCCGCGAGGGGGCUUCUUUGUGGGGCUGCAGUUCCACCCGGAGCGCAUGAGGCGCUUCCAGGACGGGGAGGUGGCGCCUGGGGGAGGCUCCGGCUUGCCUAGAGAGGUCUUUCAGUACCCCGAGUGCCCCAGGGCGUACCAGGAGUUUGUGGCAGCAGUGGUGGCAUACGAGCGCAAGGAGUUUGUGGCAGCAGUGGUGGCAUACGAACGCAAGGUGCGGCCAAGAAUCCCCCGGCCAGCCGCCCUCACAGCCCCGCCCACCAGCAUCGCUGGCGCUGCUGCAGCCGCCAUCGCAGCAGUUGAUGCUGCCGCCGAUGCAACUGACAGCCUGGCCACUGGCAUGGUCGCUCUAACCCAAUCAGGAGCAGGAGAAGCAGGAGCGACAGGAGGAAGCAGCAUGGGAGGAGGCACAGGGGCAGGGGCAGUGGCAGGGGUGGGUUCAGCCAGUGGGAAAACGCCUGGGGCGGCAGCAGCAGCGGCGGCGGCGGCAGCGGCGGCGGCAGAAGCGCAAGCAGAGCAGCAGCAGCAGCAGAAGCAGGGGAGGGAGUGGGAGGAGGAGCUGGAGCGGCGGCGGCUGCGCAUUCAGAAGAGCUUCCACGCCGCCAAGGUGGUGUACGAGGAGAGGGUGGUGCUGCGCCGCAACGCCACGGAGAAAGGAGGAUCGUCGGCGCUUGCGGCUAUUAGGAGAGAGCAGGCGGGGGGUCUGCGGUGGUAUUGGGAGCGAGGCCACAAGGAGGCUUUUACCCACGCGGCCAAGGUGGUGUACGAGGAGAGGGUGGUGCUGCGCCGUAACGCCACGGAGAAGGGCGGGUCCUCGGCGCUUGCGGCCAUUAGAAGAGAGCAGGCGGGCGGUCAGUGGUAUCGGGCCCACGGGGAUUUCAUCCACGCGGCCAAGGUGGUGUACGAGGAGAGGGUGGUGCUGCGCCGUAACGCCACGGAGAAAGGCGGGUCCUCGGCUCACGCUGCCAUAAGGAGAGAGCAGGCGGGGGGUUCAGCGGGAGGACUGGGAGGGUUUGGCGGGCUGCCGACGCUGCCAGAGGAGAAGCAGGAGCUGGCGAUUGGGGCCUCGUUUCUCCAGGAGCUCACGCCCCUGUCAGGGCAGCAGGUGAAGCGGCUAUCCCAGGAGCUCACGCCCCUGUCAGGGCAGCAGGUGGAGCGGCUAUCCCAGGUGGGUGCUACAGUGCGCAACGCAUCCCACAUCAAAGACGAGCUUGAACGGAGACGAAACCAGCGGUCGGCAGCGCGGGCGGCACUGGAGGCGCUGCACACGAGUGAGCUAGAAGAGAUGGUGGCUUUCCACCGGCACAUGGCUGCUUCCGCUGAAGAGGUGCUGGAGGCAAGGCGGAAGGCGAGGGGCGAGGCGUAG